AUGGAGAUAUCUGUUUUGGAGACUAAAAUCUCACUUGCUAAGGAAAAUGCUCGAAUUUUAAAUGAGCAAAUUGAAGGAACAGAAACUGAAGUUAAAACACUGAAGCAACCUCUUACGGAACUAAAUGAAAAGAAAGAAGCUGCAGCACUUCAGUACAAGCAAUGCUUGGAGAUAAUGGCUAAGAGCAUCCACAUUGGUUCACAUAACGAUAUUAAUGUGCUAGAGAGAUCUUUUAUUUUCACGAAACUUGCCCAAGGGCAUGCUCCACUAGUCAAUUACACAAUCAAUGGCAAUGACUACACUAUGGGGUACUACCUUGCCGAUGGUAUUUAUCCCAAGUGGUCAACGUUUGUGAAGACGAUUCCAUCACCCCAAGGGAAUAAGAAAACAAACUUUGCCACAGCACAAGAAUCUGCAAGAAAAGAUGUCGAGCGUGCCUUCGGGGUACUUCAACAACGAUUUGCAAUCGUUGGUGGACCUUAUCGAAUAUUCAAAGUCAAUGACCUAACAAAUAUAAUGAAAGCAUGUGUUAUUCUACAUAACAAGAUCAUUGAGGACGAGCGUGAUGAUAGUCAGGGUUUGGACAUGGAGUAA